AGUUUGUUGUUAAUUUUACUCUCUCUUAAACUCCUGUUAAUGGGGUUUCUUCUCCUUCAUUACUUCUUCUUCUUCUUCUUUUUUUUUUUGAAAGUAAGGUCAGUGCUGAAAGAGAUGACUUUUUAUGUUGUGGAUUUUAAAGAACAUUUUGUAAUCUCUCCAUCACACAGGAAUUUUUGUUUUGAAGUGAGACUCCUUUGCAGGCUUCAUACGGUACCAUUUUGGUAACUUUUUCCGUUUGGAAUUCAGAUGCCCUUUCACUCGAGGCCGAUAAAAAUGUUUGCUGCUGAUCCCGACUGUGUGGCUGGUGGUGUAUAGACACAUUUUACUUUUCUGUUUGCCUCAGGAACCGGAUGAAGUAGUUGAUCACUAAAGAACUCCAGUGCUGGUGAGAUGUGUUAAGAAAUUAUAAAGAGCUCUGAUGGGCUAUUUGGGUGAUACCCAGUGCAGUGAACUGCAGGAUUUUUGUCCCUGAGUCAUGGAAGACAGAAGAGCUGAGAAGUCAUGUGAACAAGCGUGUGAGUCACUCAAGAGGCAGGACUAUGAAAUGGCCCUCAAGCACUGCACAGAGGCCCUUCUUUCUCUUGGCCAAUACUCUAUGGCCGACUUCACAGGGCCGUGUUCACUGGAGAUAGAAAGCAUCAAAAUUGAGAGUCUUCUUUACAGAAUUGCCUCAUUUUUGCAACUGAAAAAGUAUGGACAAGCCGAUGAAGAUUGUAGGCAUGUGCUGGGAGAAGGACUGGCCAAGGGAGAUGGUGCCUUUCAGGCUGUGCUUUGCUGCAUGCAGCUGAAAGGAAAGCUCCAACUUGUAUCCAACAUUCUUGCCAAGUCACUGACAGGAGAGUCCCUGAAUGGGAUGGUAACAAAAGAUUUAACAAGACUAAAAACACUUCUCACAGAAACAGAGACAGCAACUAGUAACGUCCUCUCUGGAUAUCACAUGGAAGAUUUAGAAGAGGGAUCUUGUAAUGGUUGGCAUUUCCGCCCACCACCUAGGGGAAUCACAAGCAGCGAGGAAUAUACUUUGUGUAAAAGAUUUUUAGAGCAAGGAAUCUGUAGGUAUGGUGCCCAGUGUACUUCAGCACAUUCCCAGGAAGAACUAGCAGAAUGGCAGAAAAGAUAUGCUUCACGGUUGAUAAAAUUGAAACAGCAAAAUGAGAAUAAACAGUUCUCAGGCAGUUACAUGGAAACCUUGAUAGAAAAGUGGAUGAAUUCAUUAUCUCCUGAGAAAGUGCUGAGUGAAUGUAUAGAAGGGGUAAAGGUUGAACACAAUCCUGAUUUGACGGUUACUGUCAACACCAAAAAGUCUCACCAGACGUGGACCUUCGCUCUCACCUGUAAGCCUGCAAGAAUGCUGUGUCGUGUAGCGUUGCUUUAUGAUGCGCAUCGUCCUCAUUUUAGUAUCAUUGCAAUAUCUGCCGGAGAUAGUACUACCCAGGUAUCACAAGAAGUCCCAGAAAACUGUCAAGAAUGGAUAGGAGGAAAGAUGGCCCAAAAUGGAUUAGAUCAUUACGUGUAUAAAGUCGGGAUAGCAUUUAACACAGAAAUAUUUGGAACUUUUCGCCAAACCAUAGUUUUCGACUUUGGAUUGGAACCAGUACUCAUGCAAAGAGUAAUGAUUGAUGCAGCUUCUACAGAAGAUCUUGAAUACCUGAUGCAUGCAAAACAACAGCUAGUAACCACAGCUAAACGUUGGGAUUCCUCUUCUAAGACUAUUGUAGAUUUUGAACCUAAUGAAACUACUGAUUUGGAGAAGAGCCUUCUUAUCAGAUACCAAAUUCCUCUCUCUGCUGACCAGCUGUUUACCCAGUCCGUUUUAGACAAGUCAUUGACCAAGACCAACUAUCAGUCGCGGCUGCAUGACCUUCUUUAUAUUGAGGAGAUAGCCCAGUAUAAAGAAGUCAGCAAGUUCAACCUUAAAGUGCAAUUGCAGAUUCUUGCAAGCUUCAUGCUCACUGGAGUUUCUGGAGGUGCAAAGUAUGCUCAGAAUGGACAACUUUUUGGUCGCUUUAAGCUUACUGAAACACUUUCUGAAGAUACUUUGGCUGGACGGCUGGUGAUGACCAAAGUCAAUGCUGUUUAUUUAUUACCAGUCCCGAAAGAGAAGUUAGUACAGACCCAGGGAACCAAAGAGAAGGUUUAUGAAGCUACUAUUGAAGAAAAAACAAAAGAAUAUAUAUUUUUAAGGAUAUCCAGGGAAUGCUGUGAAGAACUUAAUCUUCGGCCUGAUUGUGACACACAGGUUGAACUUCAGUUUCAGUUAAAUCGAUUACCCCUCUGUGAAAUGCAUUAUGCGCUAGACAGGAUCAAGGACAGUGGGGUUCUAUUUCCAGAUGUCACUAUGACUCCAACCAUACCUUGGAGUCCCAACAGACAAUGGGAUGAACAGUUGGAUCCUCGACUAAAUGCAAAACAGAAAGAGGCUGUUCUGGCCAUUACAACCCCACUUUCAAUAGAGCUGCCUCCUGUUCUCAUCAUCGGACCCUACGGGACAGGCAAAACCUUCACACUAGCUCAGGCGGUAAAGCACAUACUCCAGCAGCAGGAGACGAGCAGGAUUCUCAUUUGCACCCAUUCUAAUAGUGCUGCUGAUCUCUACAUAAAGGAUUAUUUACAUCCAUAUGUAGAAGCAGGCAAUCCCCAGGCAAGACCUCUCAGGGUAUAUUUCAGAAAUCGCUGGGUAAAGACUGUUCACCCAGUUGUGCAUCAGUACUGUUUGAUCUCAAGCGCACAUUCCACCUUUCAGAUGCCACAGAAAGAAGAUAUUCUUAAGCACCGAGUGGUUGUUGUUACAUUGAAUACUUCCCAGUACCUCUGUCAGUUGGACCUUGAACCUGGGUUUUUUACGCACAUUCUGUUAGAUGAAGCUGCCCAGGCCAUGGAGUGUGAAACCAUUAUGCCUCUAGCAUUAGCAACUAAAAGCACUCGGAUUGUCUUGGCUGGUGACCACAUGCAGCUCAGUCCUUUUGUUUACAGUGAGUUUGCCAGGGAGAGAAACCUUCAUGUUUCACUACUUGAUCGACUCUAUGAGCAUUACCCCGCCGAGUUCCCAUGUAGGAUUCUCCUUUGCGAGAACUACCGCUCCCAUGAGGCCAUCAUCAAUUACACCUCUGAGCUCUUCUAUGAGGGCAAACUGAUGGCCAGUGGAAAGCAACCAGCACACAAGGAUUUCUACCCACUAACUUUCUUUACAGCACGAGGGGAAGACGUACAAGAAAAAAAUAGCACAGCUUAUUAUAAUAAUGCAGAGGUAUUUGAGGUGGUGGAACGCGUGGAGGAGUUGAGAAGGAAGUGGCCAGUAGCGUGGGGGAAGUUAGACGAUGGCAGCAUCGGCGUGGUGACUCCUUAUGCUGAUCAAGUGUUUAGGAUACGUGCUGAACUUCGAAAAAAGAGAUUAUCUGAUGUUAAUGUAGAAAGGGUGCUAAAUGUUCAAGGAAAGCAAUUCAGAGUUUUGUUUCUUAGCACAGUACGUACAAGACAUACUUGUAAACAUAAACAGACACCAAUUAAAAAGAAAGAACAACUGCUGGAAGAUUCCACAGAGGACUUAGAUUAUGGUUUUUUAUCUAACUACAAACUUCUCAAUACUGCCAUCACAAGAGCACAGUCCCUGGUUGCUGUGGUGGGUGAUCCCAUUGCUCUGUGUUCCAUUGGAAGAUGCAGGAAAUUUUGGGAGCGGUUUAUUGCCCUCUGUCAUGAAAAUAAUAGCCUACACGGAAUCACUUUUGAACAGAUCAAAGCUCAGCUAGAGGCUUUAGAACUGAAGAAGACGUAUGUGUUGAAUCCACUGGCACCCGAAUUUAUCCCGCGGGCUCUAAGACUGCAGCAUUCGGGAAAUGCCAGCAAGCUGCAGCAGUCACCCCCCAAGGGGAAAAGCCUCCAUCAUACCCAGAAUGAUCAUUUCCAGAAUGAUGGACUUGUUCAGCCCAAUCCUUCCGUUCUUAUUGGCAAUCCUAUUAGAGCAUAUACUCCUCCACCCCCUCUUGGACCUCACCCAAAUUUGGGGAAAUCUCCAAGCCCUGUUCAGAGAAUAGAUCCUCACACUGGGACAAGUAUUCUUUAUGUACCUGCUGUCUAUGGAGGGAAUGUAGUUAUGUCGGUGCCUUUACCUGUACCAUGGACAGGAUACCAGGGUAGAUUUGCAGUUGACCCUCGACUCAUUACCCACCAGGCAGCGAUGGCCUACAACAUGAACCUCUUGCAGACACACGGCCGGGGGUCUCCUUUGCCUUAUGGCCUUGGGCACCAUCCGCCUGUCAGCGUGGGACAGCCGCAGAGCCAGCCCCGGGAGAAGGAGCCGCAGGAGCAGCCGGAUGGUAAAAGUGAUACAAAUAAUCCUGGACCUGAAAUUAAUAAGAUUCGAACACCAGAGAAAAAGCCUACAGAAUCAAAACAGAUUGACUUGGAAUCACAUCCACAGAACAGAAGUCCUGAAUCACGUCCUGGCGUUGUUUAUCCCAAUACCAAAUUUCAUCGCAAAGAUAAUCUCAACCCAAGACACAUAAACCUUCCCCUUCCCGCUCCCCAUCCACAGUAUGCAGUCCCCAGCCGUCACUUUCAUCCCCUUCCUCAGCUGCCAAGACCACCAUUUCCAGUUCCGCAGCAGCACGCCUUGUUAAAUCAGCAGCAGAAUAAUUUGCCUGAACAACCAAAUCAAAUGCCACCACAACCAAAUCAGGUAGCCCAGCAGCAGAAUCCGUUGAAUCAGCUGCCUCCGCAGCCACCUCCUCAGCUUUCUCCUGCCUACCAGGCAGGGCCCAACAGUGCUUUUUUUAAUAAUGCAGUUUCUCAUCGACCACAGACCCCUCCUGCAGAGGCUGUGAUCUCUGAGCAGCAGCCCCCUCCCAUGCUGCAAGAAAGCCACAGUCCCCUGCGAGCCAUUGCACAGCCCGGCCCCAUUCUUCCUUCACCUCUGAAUAACUUCACCGAGGAGAACCCCCCAGGAUUGCCUGUAGGGGAGGCUUUAGAUCGUAUGCAUGGGAGUGUAGCCCUGGAAACAUUACGGCAGCAGCAAGUGCGGUUACAGCAGUGGAAUGAGCAUCACGCCUAUCUGAGUCAGGGCAGCAUUCCAUACUCACACCAUCACCAUCCUCACCCUCAUCUCCAGCACCUUCCUCAGCCGCCCGUUGGAUUACAUCAGCCGCCGAUGAGGGCAGACUGGAAGCUCCCCAGCAGUGCUGAGGGUGAAGCAGAAGCAGCAGAGUCAAGGUUUCAGGACUUACUCAGAGAACUGUCCAGUCGUGAGCAAAGUGAAGCACGGGAACUAGCUGAGAUGCCACCACCUCAAUCAAGACUUUUGCAAUAUAGACAAAUUCAGACUAGGAGCCCACCAGCAGUCCCAUCUCCCCCCUCCAGUACAGACCACAGUAGCCACUUUUCUAACUUUAACGACAACAGCAGAGACGUUGAAGUAGCCAACAGCCCAGCAUUUCCACAGCGCCUACCACCCCAGAUAUUCAGCUCUCCUUUCUCGUUGCCAUCUGAACACCUUGCCCCUCCUCCCUUGAAAUACCUGGCACCUGAUGGAGCGUGGACCUUUGCUAACUUACAACAGAAUCACCUAAUUGGGCCGGGUUUUCCCUAUGGCCUACCCCCAUUGCCUCACAGGCCACCACAGAACCCUUUUGUACAAAUACAGAAUCAUCAACACGCUCUUGGUCAAGAGCCGUUUCACCCACUGUCAUCUCGAGCAGUAUCAUCUUCUUCGCUGCCUAGCUUGGAAGAGUAUGAACCCAGAGGACCUGGCCGGCCCUUGUACCAAAGAAGAAUCUCCUCUAGCUCAGUCCAGCCUUGUUCUGAAGAAGGAAGCACUCCUCAAGACAGCCUUGCUCAGAGUAAAGAGCUUCAGGACCACAGUAACCAAUCUUCUUUCAACUUUUUAUCCCCGGAGUCCUGGGUAAACGCCACCUCAUCUUCCCCCUAUCAGAACAUUCCGUGCAAUGGAUCCAGUAGGACAGCUCAGCCCAGAGAGUUGAUAGCUCCACCCAAGACGGUCAAGCCCCCUGAGGAUCAACUGAAGUCUGAAAACCUCGAGGUGUCCAGUUCUUUCAAUUAUAAUGUGCUGCAGCAUCUUGGCCAGUUUCCCCCCCUCAUGCCCAACAAGCAGAUCGCAGAGUCGGCCAACAGCAGCAGCCAGCAGAGCUCAGGGGGCAGCAAGCCCACCAUGUCCUAUGCCAGCGCUCUGCGGGCACCCCCCAAGCCCAGGCCCCCGCCUGAGCAGGCCAAGAAGAGUAGCGACCCUCUGUCUCUGUUCCAGGAACUCAGCCUGGGGAGCUCGGCGGGCAGCAACGGCUUUUACUCCUAUUUUAAAUAAUCACUUAUUUUUUUUUGCCUCAAGGGAGAAUGUUUUAAUUUCUGUUUGUAUCAAUAGAAUUAAGAUAGUUGGACUUCAUCUAUAGAUGCACAGUUCCCUUUGUUUUAAUAUUAAAUAUGUUCUCACUUAAUUGCUUCGCUGCUAGACUUGCAACUAAUUUUUUAAAAGUAUAUUCCAUUAUUUUGCAUUUUUGACGUGAGUCGGAAUUUUGACAGCUUUUAUGUAGAAUAAAAAAUAUUUUUAAAUUUGUGUAUUGUUACAUAUGUUUGCAUCAAGCUAGCAGCUAAGAGGUUAAUUGUGCAACUAUAAAAAAAGAGAAAAAAAAGUUUGUCUAAAAUGUAUUUAAAAAGAAAAAAAAGUUGUAAGUAGCAUUUACAUUUAUUCAAUAAUAUUACCAUAUGCUGGGUUUCUGUACCAGAAAUGGCCAGUUAUGUACAAAAUGUAUGUUAUUUUUGCUUAAAUUCAUUUAAAAUUUUUUAAAAUAAAGGGCAGCAUCUUCUAAAUACUUUAAGUUUUAUCAGCUUUUUUUUUUUUUUUGUGACAAGAUGCUGCACUCUAAAACUUUUAUAGUUUUAGACCACGUAUGAUGUGCUGAUGUCAUCUCCAUCCACUGCAGGAUAGAGUUACGGCAUUCUUUGCAGGUAUAUCUGUAUGCCACUGUUUUUGUAAUGUGAAAAAACAUGGGCAUACUUAGUUAUUUUUUGGACAAGCUACACUUCAAGCUUGUUUUUAAUGUUAAUUUGAUAGUGUGUUGUUUUUUUAAACAGAUCAUGAAGCUGAAAAAUUUUUAGGAUUGUUGGUGCUUAGUAGACUUGGUAACUAUUUUAAAAAUGCGUGAAUUUAGUAAAAUCUUUUUUCCCUCACUAUGCAUGUGUAAACGUUUGUAAUCUGGCUCCCACACCCCCUGCCCCCUCCAGUGGUAAAAAGAAUUGUGCCGCUUUAAGGUUUUUUCCCCCUCCAGUAAAAAUUUUGGUACCUUAUUUGAUGUUUACAUUACAAUGUGACAUUAUACAUGGCAAUUCAAAUAUUUUGCUCACUGUUUGAUUUGAGGAACAUCAUUAAAGAAGAAACAUGAUGUUUGUCAGAGAUGCAUCAAAAUUCAUCAAAAUCUGGGGCAAAAAACUACCCUUGUUUUUCAUGUCUUUUGAUUCUUCUAAAAUAACCUCACUGAACUUGUACAAAAAUAUAAACUUUAAAUAGCCAUCUUAAAUAUUC